GGUAAGAGGCAAAAUGACAGACAGAAUGCAUGAUCCAAAAAACUGAGGGGAGGAGGAGAAGGGUGAGAAUAACACUGGUGGGCUUUCUGGAAAAGGUGGGCCUGGAGGAAGACCUGGAAGUGGUCAGUUUGGAAGCAGGUUCAGGUAGAGGGUAGAUUCAGGGCUAUAGCGGGGGCUGCUCUUCCCUUCCCCCUUUCCCUGAGAGAGGGUCGGGGUCUCCACCAACAACAACGGCCUCAGCUCUGAGGAGAGUGCUGGACAGAGCUGGGUUGGAGGCCCAACCUACUCCAACUCUGGACUCUGCCCAGGAAUUUCCUGCUGAGAUGAGAAGACAGACAGGCCAACGCACAGCAGGUCAGACCCAGGUUGGUCCACAGAAACGGGCUCCUCCAUCUCUCCGGAGAGUGACUUGUUCCCCACAAUAUGUGAGUACGAAUAUGACUCUGUCUCUCUCCUUGCAGCCGGGUGUGUGUGAGUGUCUGUGCUUAUUUGACUGUGUGUACACUUUUUACACAGGUAGCUGGGCUUUCCUGGGCUCAGCCUACGUGUGUGCGCGUGCGCUGGGUAUGUCAGCUCAACCAGGCUGGAGUUUGGAUUGAGUAGGUUGUUCCCCAAGGACAAAAAGGAGAGACAGCAGGAGGUGGGAGAGAUGGAAUCUUAGUUAGGACUAUUAUUUACAAAUGAGCUCAAGCCUAUGAAAAGAGCUUCAACAUAAAAGGGAAUAUAUUGACUUUUGUAAUCGAAAAGUCCAGGAGUAGGACUGGUUUCAGGUAUAGCUGGAUCCAGGGACUUGAAUGUUGUCUUCAAGAUAUUGUCUCUUCAUCCUUCAGUGGUGGGAAAGUAUACACAGUGAUGACAUCGCUCACUAGCAGUGGGGUUUAACCUUUUUGUAUAGAGCUUCUCUUCAGAAGAAUGCCUGUAUCAGAUGCAUACACAUGCUGUACAUACUUCCUGAUUUUUCUUCCCUGUUCCUGCUCGGCCUCCCAGAAUUUAUGAAGAAUUGCCUCUCACAGUGAGUGAAGGAAGGCCUCACAUGGUGCCUUACUCUGUGUGCUGAGGAAUCCAAGUCUGUGGUCUCUACGCACAGUGAAGGUGGAGCUUUGGGGUGGUAUCAAGUGGCCACCAGGCAGAGCUCUGACUGUCAAGCAUCUGGUCCCCACCCUCUCCCCUUUCUCAGUCUCCUCAGACCCCUUGCCUGGGCCCUGCCUGGCCUCUCCCCUUUAGGUUUGGGCCUUGAAUUUGUCUUUCAGCUGGAAGGUCUGGCACAUGGAGGAAAACACACCAAGACAAAGAGAGUCCAUCUCUCUCACACCCAUGGCCAACGGUCUGGAGAACAUGGGGGCUGAGUUCUUGGAAAAUCUGGAGGAAGGCCAGCCCCCUGACAGCAACUGGAGCCCUGCAGAGGGUGGGGGCAGCUGGAGCAAGGAAAGGCCCAAGCCCUUGUCCAGAUGGAGGAGCCUGCAGCCAGCCAUAAGAGUGAGACACUUCUGCAAGGAGCAUGCACGGCUGUUUCAUUGGAUCCUCACAGGCUUGCUUUGCACCGCAUUCACUGCCUUUCUGCUGAUUGCCUGCCUCCUGGAUUUCCAGAGGGCCCUGGCACUGUUUGUCCUUACUUGUGUGGUGCUCACCUUCCUGGCCUACAGCCUAGUGAAGAGGAUUCUGGGGCCAAAGCUGAUGAGAUGGGUCAGGCCUCUUGGGAAUUCCCGCCUGAACCUCUGGUUUAAGAGGGCUCUAGCCCUUGCUGCAUUGCUGGGCCUGGUCCUGUGGCUGAUUCUGGACACCUCCCAGAGGCCUGAGCAGCUGGUGUCCUUUGCAGGAAUCUGCAUAUUCAUCCUCCUCCUCUUUGCCUGCUCGAAGCAUCACCAUGCAGUGUCCUGGAGGGCUGUGUUCUGGGGCCUUGGGCUGCAGUUUGCACUCGGACUCUUUGUCAUCAGAACGGAACCAGGGUUUAUUGCAUUCCAGUGGCUGGGUGACCAGAUCCAGAUCUUCCUGAGCUACACCGAGGAGGGCUCCAUCUUUGUGUUCGGGGAGGCCCUGGUCAAGGACGUCUUUGCCUUUCAGGUUUUACCCAUCAUUGUUUUCUUCAGCUGUGUCAUGUCAGUUCUCUACUAUGUGGGCCUCAUGCAGUGGGUGAUCCUGAAGAUUGCCUGGCUGAUGCAGGUCACUAUGGGCACUACAGCCACUGAGACUCUUAGUGUGGCUGGGAACAUCUUCGUGAGCCAGACUGAGGCUCCUCUCCUGAUCCGGCCCUACUUGGCAGACAUGACGCUCUCUGAGGUCCACGUUGUCAUGACUGGAGGCUACGCCACCAUUGCUGGCAGCAUGCUGGGUGCCUACAUCUCCUUUGGGAUUGAUGCCGCCUCCUUGAUUGCUGCGUCUGUGAUGGCCGCUCCUUGUGCAUUGGCACUCUCCAAGCUGGUCUACCCGGAGGUGGAGGAGUCCAAGUUUAGGAGUGAGGAAGGGGUGAAAUUGACCUAUGGAGAUGCACAGAAUGUCUUAGAAGCAGCCAGCAGCGGGGCUUCCAUUUCAGUAAAGGUCAUUGCCAACAUUGCAGCUAACCUGAUUGCCUUCCUGGCAGCAUUGGCCUUCAUCAAUGCUGCCCUCUCCUGGCUGGGGGGCAUGGUGGACAUCCAGGGGCUCAGUUUCGAGCUCAUCUGUUCCUAUGUCCUGCGGCCUGUGGCCUUCAUGAUGGGUGUGGCCUGGGAGGACUGCUCAGUGGUGGCAGAGCUACUGGGGACGAAGCUGUUUCUGAAUGAGUUUGUGGCCUACCAGGAGCUUUCCCAGUACAAGCAGCGCCGCCUCGCAGGGGCUGAGGAGUGGGUUGGUGACAGGAAGCAGUGGAUCUCCAUCAGAGCAGAAAUCCUCACGACGUUCGCCCUCUGUGGAUUUGCCAACUUCAGCUCCAUUGGGAUCAUGUUGGGAGGCCUGACUUCAUUGGUCCCUCAACGGAAGAGUGACUUCUCCCAGAUAGUGCUCCGGGCGCUUUUCACUGGGGCCUGUGUGUCCCUGGUGAACGCCUGUGUGGCAGGGAUUCUCUAUGUGCCCAGGGAAGCUGAGGUUGACUGUGUGUCCCUCCUGAACACGACCCUCAGCAGCAGUAGCUUUGAGGUGUACCAGUGCUGCCGUGAGGCCUUCCAGAGCACCAGCCCCAACUUCAGCGCAGAGGCCUUGGGUAACUGCUGUCGAUUUUACAACCACACGACCUGUGCAUAGAAGAACAGAGUAUCUUUGUGCCUCCUGGAAGCAGCUGCCCCCACCUUCCCCUGUCCAGGCUUCUCCUUCUGGAAGCUGUGAGGGCCUCAGACCCAACUCAGACACAAUCAGGAAGAAGACGUGGACAGAGCGGGCAGAGAGUCAGUAAAUGAAGGAACUCUCCCACUCCUGCACCCCUCUGCUGUCCCAUUUUCUACCUCUCAAAAUGUGAAUUCUCACGGUCACCUCUGCUGCCUCCUCUCUCAUCUCCAUAUCUGAAUAGUGCCCUGUUCUUCUCCAUUCUCCCUUCCCCUCUGGGGUCUCUCACAUGCAACUUUUCCUUCUGUGUGGGACCCUCACCCAAACCCCUCCUCCCCUUAUCACUGACCUUUCAGCCUCCUCCCUCUCAGCCUCUGGCCUCCCCCUCCUGGACUCUAGGAUCUCUCUGUGGUUUACCCCAACAGACAAUUUCUUCUGGAGAAUCCUCCCUGUACUUGCAGGGACUCCCCCACUGCCUUCCCCCAUAGCCCUUCCCAAACUGGUGUCCUGUGGAACACUUCCUCCAGAUUCAGAGGAUUCCACAAUCAAAUAGGUUUGGAAAGCACUGGGCUAAAUAAAGCUAGACAGGUUGCUUUACUGUGGACUUGUCAGCAACUGACGUGAAUACGAUAUGAGACAUUUGCCAAAUUUAUUUGACCUUAAGAACCUUUUUUGUGU